GUCCGUUAAUGCAACAGGACAUGCUCACAGUUGAGCUCGUACAGGAGAGAACAAGAUGAGACUGACGGUUGCAGCGAUUGCACUUUGCCUGGUCGCACUGACCAGUGCAGCUUACGUUCCGGUGGAGAAAUCGGUGACCGGAUUAAAAUAUGCCGACAAGGAAUUUCUGGUAAAGCAGAAAUUCUUCUUCGAGGUGUUCCGCAACAUCCAUCUGCCUCUCAUGUUCGAGGAGUACAUGCCAUACACCAAGACAUGGAUUUCCGAUGAGACCAAAUACACGAACUACAAUGAAGUCUUCGAGUUCUUCGAAUACUACAAGCUUGGCUUCUUGCCAAAGGGAGAAAUGUUCACCAUCUACAAUAAGGAGUACAUGAAGCAGACCUAUCUGCUCUUCAACUUCUUCUACAACUGCGCUGAUUGGGAAACUUUCUACAAGAACGUCAUUUGGGCUCGCGAAAACGUCAACGAGGGCAUGUUCAUCUAUGCUCUGACCAUGGCUACCUUCCACCGUCCAGAUCUCAAGGGCAUCGUACUGCCAGCGAUCUAUGAAAUUUACCCAUACUAUUUCUUCAACACCGACAUGGUUCACAAGGCGAUGUACAAGAAAUUGUAUGAACCAAAAUUCGGAUUUGUCAGCAAUGGCAAAUACAAUGUUGUCUACUCAAACUUCACCGCUCUCUAUCCGAUGGACUACUUCGGCGAAGACAAACUGAGCUACUUCACUGAAGAUAUUGGACUCAACUCAUACUACUAUUAUUUCAUGAUGGACUAUCCAUUCUUCCUGGGUGAAAGCAAAUUCAACCUGUUCAAGGAUCGUCGUGGAGAGUUGUACAUGUACAUGUAUCAACAGCUCAUUGCUCGUUACUACCUGGAACGUCAAGCUAACUUCAUGGGACCGAUUGAGAAAUUCAGCUGGGAUCAGCCUAUCAAGACUGGAUAUUCGCCCAAACUCACCUACUGGAAUGGAAUGCCUUUCUAUGGACGCAACGACUACUACUCUCUCCCCAAGGAUCAGUACUACAAGAUUGAUCUGCUGAAGGACUACGAAGCCAGAAUCAGACAAGUUAUUGACCAGGGAUACAUGUAUCUAGAUGAUGGAACCAAGAUUGACUUCCGUCAACCAGAAUCUAUCAACUACCUCGGAAAUCUGAUCAACGCCAAUCCAGAUAGCGCUGAUACUGAGUACUACAAGUAUAUUGAAUUCUUCGCUCGCCUCAUGUACAGCGGUUCUGAUUACUUCUACAGUGGAUCGAAGGUGUGGCCCAGCGCUCUCAUGCACUUCGAAACAUCGAUUCGUGAUCCGUUCUUCUAUCAAUUGUACUACAAAAUCCUGAGCUACUACUGGCAAUUCAAGAGCUACCUGCCAUACUACACCUUUGAUGAACUGAACUUCAAGGGAGUCGAAAUCAAGAAUGUCGUCUUCGAUAAGCUGAUGACUUAUUUCGAGUACUUCGAUGCCGAUAUCAGCAAUGCUAUCCCAAUGGGCUUCUCCUCAGAAAAGUUCUUCGAUUUCUCGGUGUUCGCUCGCCAGAAGCGCAUCAACCACAAGCCAUUCACCUAUACUAUGGACAUCUCCUCUGAAUUCGCUGGCAAGGGCGUUGUUCGCAUGUACAUGGGACCGAAGUUCUACGACUUUAAGCAACUGCAAAAUUUGAAGCAAUACUUCGUUGAGGUUGACCAGUAUAUGUAUGACUUCGUCGUUGGCAAGAAUACUAUUGUCCGCAACUCUCGUGAUUAUUACUGGAGCGUUCGCGAUCGCACCACCUACACUGACCUGUAUAAGAAGGUCAUGAUGGCAUACAAGGGAGAGGACAAAUUCGUUCUGGACAUGUCUGAAGCUCACUGUGGCUUCCCCGAUCGUCUCCUGUUGCCGAAGGGUCUUCCAAGCGGUUUCGAAAUGGCCUUCUACUUCAUUGUCACUCCAUACUACGCUCCCAAGGUCGAACAAUUUUCCACGUAUGAUUACAACUACAGCUGCGGCGUUGGAUCUGGCUCGAAAUAUAUUGAUGAACUGCCAUUCGGAUUCCCCUUCGAUCGCGAGAUCAACUUUGCCUAUUUCUUCACCAAGAAUAUGUAUUUCAAGGAUGUGAUGGUUUAUCACACCGAGGAUAUGAAAUUGAACCAAUCAUACUAACAAUAAGAGAAA